CCGAAUACAAUUUAUAUAUUAAUAAAUAUAAAUGAUUACAUUUUAUGUACAUUAUUUUUUAGCAUAUCUUUAUGUACUGUUUAUAAAAAUGGGAAAUGAUAAUAAAUUUUUAAUUUUGGUAAUGCAUUGGAUUAAUUUAUGUCUUUUAUUAAUACGUAAAAGAAAACAAAAAAGAUGGUUAAAUAGGCGAUGGCUUGUAAGUCCUAUUAAUAAAAAGAGGAUUCAAUGUGGAGAUUAUAACAAUUUAUUUCAAGAAAUAAAAAAUGAUUCUAAAUUGUUUUAUCGUUAUACCAGAAUGACAUUGGUACAUUUUGAACAAUUAGUACAAAUGGUAAAACCAUAUUUAACAAAAAGACAUCCUCGUGCUUUAGUUCCAGAACUGCGACUUUUAAUAACUUUAAGAUACCUUGCGACAGGUGACUUACCAUUUACCAUAGCUAUGGCAUUUAGAAUUGGUGAAUCUACAGUAAGAGAAGUUGUCAAGGAAGUUUGUUUCGUUUUAAUUAAGGUUUUAGAACCAUUGCAUCUUUCUUCACCUACAGAAGAAGAUUGGAGACAAUACGCAAAUGGAUAUUGGAAAAGAUGGAACAUUCCAAAUUGUGUGGGUGCUGUUGAUGGCAAACACGUCAGAUUACGAUGUCCUCCACACUCUGGAACCUUAUAUUAUAACUAUAAAAAAUAUUAUAGUAUAGUAUUAAUGGCAGUGGCUGAUCAUUUAUACAGAUUUACAUUGGUUGAUAUUGGAGCGUAUGGAAGUAACAGUGACGGAGGCAUUUUUCAUGACUGUGACAUAGGAAUAAAUUUAAAUAAUAAUCGAUUAAAUUUUCCAAAAGAACAGAUAAACCUUCCUGAUAGCAAUUUAAAAACAUAUACUUACUUUGUGGCUGAUGAUGCUUUUAAAUUAUCAAAAAGAAUAAUGAAACCUUAUUCCAGUAGAAACUUAACAUAUAAACAAAAAAUUUUUAAUUAUCGACUUUCAAGAGCACGGAGAACAGUGGAAAGCGCAUUUGGAAUUUUUUCGAGUAAAUGGAGAAUAUUUCAAACUGCUAUCAGUAUGCUACCAGAAACUGCCGAUUUAAUUGUAACAGCUUCCGUAUGUCUACACAAUUAUGUACUAAAAGAGGAGCAACGUAGUGGAUAUAAGAUGUAUAGCCAAGAACCAAUUUCUAAUAAUAAUACUAAUCAGGAUUUUUCACCAUGGAUAAAUGUACCAAAUUGUCUUGAAGAAGACAAUAACGUAAGAUAUGUCAACACUCAAAGAAAUACUUUAAGUGAUUAUUUCGUCUCUAAAGCUGGUGAAGUGGAAUGGCAACAUAAUUAUGUUCAAAGAGGCGUAUACGCAGACGAAUAAACAUAAGUGUGUGUUUGUAUGUAUACAUAGAUUACUAAGUUUAGACAUAUAACACGUUUUGAUACUAAGUUUUGUUUAACAAAUUAUCUAUAGAAAAUAAAAAUUUAUGUGUAAAAAUGUUAAAAUAGAUUGUAUUUAU